UGAGACGAGGUUUGGGUCAGGAACACAACCCCGAUAAGCCAAUGACUGUCUCCAUAACUCUCCUCAAUGGUCUUUCAGUGUUGUGGGACGCAGGCUGCUGAAGUUACUCUUCCUGCAGAAUUACAGUCCCAGUUGUGUCGUGUGAGCAUGCGUACGACAACAAAGCAGACAUGUGGACGAAAGGCUGAGGCUCCGGGCUCCAAACUCCUCUCUGCACGGAUCAAUUAGAUUGCAAUCCCAGCUGAAAAGAUGACAUCUGCCACACCUCCUUCCUCUCGUAGCUCCUCGCCUCAGAAGGUUUGCCACUCACAGACCCAGACAGAUGUUUUAAAACCCUUACUGGGUGGUGGCAUUUCCGGUGGUGGCGGGACUCUGAGGAAGAGGAGACGUGUCCUGUCCAAAGAUGGCCGUAGCAACGUGCGCAUUGAACAUGUCAGUGGGCGGAGUGCUCUGUACAUGCGUGACCUCUGGACAACUUUUCUGGACAUGCAGUGGCGCUACAAGUUCUUCCUGUUCACGGCCACAUUUGCAGGGACCUGGUUCCUGUUCGGGGUCCUGUGGUAUCUGGUGGCACUGGUACAUGGAGACCUGCUUGAAUUUGACCCUCCGUCAAACCACACACCCUGUGUGCUGCAGAUGCAGACACUGACAGGGGCUUUCCUCUUCUCUCUGGAGUCCCAGACAACCAUUGGUUAUGGUUUUCGCUGCAUCACUGAGGAAUGCCCGGCUGCUAUCAUCUUACUCAUCAUCCAGCUGGUCCUCACCAUGCUGAUGGAGAUCUUCAUCACUGGUACCUUCCUGGCCAAGGUUGCUCGGCCAAAGAAGCGAGGUGAAACAGUGAAGUUUAGCCAACAUGCUGUGGUGUCGACUCAGGAAGGCCGACCCUGCCUGAUGAUCAGGGUGGCCAACAUGCGCAAGAGUCUCCUGAUUGGGUGUCAGGUGACUGGAAAACUACUCCAGACAUCCCUGACCAAGGAAGGCGAGACGGUUCGUCUGGACCAGAGGAAUGUACCCUUCCAAGUUGACACAUCCAGUGAUAGCCCCUUCCUCAUCCUGCCCCUCACCUUUUACCACCUCAUUGAUGAUAACAGCCCCCUGCGAGCCUGGGCAGCCAAGGGUGGGGGCUGGACAGAUCCAGAAUUGGCAGACUUCGAGCUGCUGGUGAUCAUGAGCGCUACAGUUGAGCCGACCUCCGCCACUUGCCAGGUUCGCACUUCCUACCUGCCGGAUGAGAUUCUCUGGGGUUAUGAGUUUCCCCCUGUAGUCUCCCUUUCCCCAUCAGGCAAAUACGUAGCAGACUUCGCCUUCUUCGACAAGGUGGCCAAGACCAAGACCACGCCCAUCUUCAAACCAUCUAGCCCCCAGCAAGUGUACCAGAGCAACGGGGGUGGGACUGUACCUGAGGUGUCUGAUCCGGACAAGAUUCGAUUGGAGCAGAGCUACAGGGAGAGAGGGGACGAACGUGGCCGGGCCAGAGAGACUCCUCUCAGUGUUCGCAUCAGCAAUGUGUGAACAGAAGGGAGCAUUUCAUAGAGUGCAAUGCACAGGAGACUGAUUUGCUGUCAGUGUCAACAGCAAAUCAAUGAAACAACAUAUCAACACAACUUGGGAGACUGUCUUUUUCGACUGUUUUGAACUUGUAUCAGAAAGAUAUGUGGGUCCCAGUAGCACCAAAAUCAUGCAUAAAGCAAAUAUGGAAGACUGCAGACUACUGUUGUAUCAAGUUUGUCAAUGGCAUAUGUUUUACACUGGUUUGACUGUAUUCAUAUGGCGGCAUAACACACUGCCUAACUGCAGCUAAUGUAUGUGUUUUGGGUCAUAUACUGUAGACACAAAAAUAACAGCUUGGUUUAUUUAUUCACACAGGAAAAAAAGAAUCAUAAAAAUCAAAGAUAGAAAACAAAAGAAGCAGUGGAGAGUACGGAAAACUUGGUGGGCUUGUUGGGUUCUCCCCCUGAGUACUCAAUGUGAAAUCACACACAGAAAGGUUUGUGAAAGUGUCAGUGAGUAUGAAUGUGUAUUUUCCACUGUUAGGGGUACAUGAAGGAGUACGGGGGAGGGGUGCUUUUGGGGGAGGCUAUAUGUUCAUAGGUUUUACACUCUUCACUGUUAAUCUACAGAUUAGACAGUUAUGGAAUAACUAAAUCUUGUCAAAUACGGGUCUGUGGCCUAAUGUGUAUCAGUUUGGGGGUCCUUGACACCAAAAAGGUUGAGAACUACUGUAUUGGUCAUAUGACUUUGAGUUUCAACUUGGUUUGCUUCUGUUGCAGUAAAAACACCAAUGAGUUAACCUCGAACGCACAAAAUCCCCACCCCCAAACUCUCUCAUAUUUUAACAUUUCCUGUUUUAAACUGACAGAAGUAUUGGAGUAAAAGACACAGCGUAAAUGAUAUGCAUUGUACAUGGCAAUGUACUGUAAUAUGUUAGCACUUUAGAGAUUCUGUUACACUAACGUAGCACUACAACUGGAAUUUAGACAAAUGUGAGAUUGAAUAUGUUGUGUUAAAGGUGCUCUGUAUCUCUUUCUUGUUUUCUGUUAUAUACUAUGACUGUUAUUACUGUUAGCACUUUAUGUAAGUACAUGCACCUUUGCACCUUAGGAAGGUUAGCUGUUUGGAACCUUAAGACAGGAGAUUUUAAUACUACUAAAAGCAUUUGCAUGUUGAAUAUCAUUGGAUUUGAAGUUAAAAUUAACUUUCAAACAGAGCUUCUUUCCUACAUUACUAAAAGCUGCUGUACAUACAUGGAUGUAACUGCCCAUCUAGUUGUUUGAAAGUGUUACUGUUACACCAGAUGGCUGAGAGAUGAGAAUGUAAUGUUGUAAGUCACUGAUAAUGACUUUGAAGGAAAUGUGUGACAAUGAUGGUUAGGCAUGAUGAAUGAAACAAAUAUGUUGGAAAUUGUAUUUGUAACAUUUCCUUAAUUAACAUCAAACUCUGGAAUGUUAAUAGUGUUUAGGAGAGAGAACAAACGAGACGAAUUCUCUCUAAAAAGUGAUUUAAUAAAGCUGGGUUAUUAA